GCGUCGGCCGGCAAGGGAGCAGCAAACGGCCGGCGGCGGGCGCCGCGCGGGGGGCGGGCGGCGCGGAGGAGGCGGCAGUGGCCAUGGCCGAGGCGUCGCCGCACCCCGGACGGUACUUCUGCCACUGCUGCUCGGUCGAGAUCGUGCCGCGCCUGCCGGAUUACAUCUGCCCCAGAUGCGAGUCUGGCUUUAUCGAGGAGCUUCCAGAAGAAACCAGGAGUACAGAAAAUGGGUCCGCCCCCUCCACGGCACCCCCAGACCAGAGCAGGCCGUCAUUUGAGAACGUGGACCAGCACCUGUUCACGCUGCCGCAGGGCUACGGCCAGUUUGCUUUCGGCAUCUUUGACGACAGCUUCGAGAUUCCCACGUUCCCCCCCGGGGUGCAGGCCGAUGAGGGCAGGGACCCCGAGAGCCGGCGGGAGAGAGAGCAGCACUCCCGGCACCGGUAUGGCGCCCGACAGCCCCGCGCCCGCCUCACUGCACGGCGGGCCACCGGCCGGCACGAAGGCGUCCCCACGCUGGAAGGGAUCAUCCAGCAGCUGGUUAAUGGCAUCAUCACCCCGGCCAGCAUCCCCAGCCUGGGCCUGGGCCCUUGGGGCGUCCUGCACUCAAAUCCGAUGGACUACGCCUGGGGGGCCAACGGCCUGGAUGCCAUCAUCACGCAGCUCCUCAAUCAGUUUGAAAACACAGGCCCCCCGCCUGCAGACAAAGAGAAAAUCCAGGCCCUCCCCACCGUCCCCGUCACUGAGGAACAUGUAGGCUCCGGGCUGGAGUGCCCCGUGUGCAAAGACGACUACGGGCUGGGGGAGCGCGUGCGGCAGCUGCCCUGCAGUCAUCUCUUCCACGACGGCUGCAUCGUGCCCUGGCUGCAGCAGCACGACAGCUGCCCUGUGUGCCGGAAAAGUCUCACGGGACAGAACACAGCCACCAACCCCCCAGGCCUGACCGGCGUGAGCUUCUCGUCCUCCUCGUCCUCCUCGUCCUCCAGCUCGCCGAGCAACGAGAACCCGGCCGGCAACUCCUGAGCCCCCGCCUCCCUCCGGCCGGCCCCCAGAGUGAGCACAGGACCCCACCCGCACCGGGCCCUGUGGGGCAGUGGCCGGGGCAGGGGGGCACCACGGAGCCGGAGCCUGGAGGUGCCCCACCUGCCUUGGCUCCCACACCGCCCACCCCCGCCGCGGGCAGAGACUCGGAGCACCGCCGCCUCCAGGCUGGCAUCUGGCACAGGGGCCUGGGCACACGGCACCCCUGGGGGCGUCCCCAGCUCCCCCACCCAUCUGUCUCUAACCUCACCCUCCACACAGCAGCGGCGGAAAGGUUUUUAUAAUUUUAAAUUAUUACCGCUUUGAAAUAAACGGACGUUUGAGCUCA